CAAGAUGGGUUACUAUGUGGGCAACACUGUCUCAAUAACCUUUUGCAAGGACAGUAUUUCACAGCUGUUGACCUAGCAGACAUUGCGCAGCAAAUGGAUCAGGCCGAACAGCAACAUAUGGCUGAACUAGGAAGGCACACUGAUGAUUAUAGGAGAUUCAUGGAGCAACCCUCUGUAAACAUGGAUGAUAGCGGAAUGUUCAGCAUUCAAGUCCUUACCUCAGCCCUCCGUGUAUGGGAUUUAACCUUAAUACCUUUCGCUUCAUCACACGCAUUGGCAAAAGCUGCUCGUGGCAAUCCUACAGAUCAGCAAGCUUAUGUGUGCAACUUCAAAGAACACUGGUUCACAGUCAGAAAGCUUGGAUACCAGUGGUUCAACUUGAACAGUCUGCUCUCCUUCCCAGAGCUAAUAUCUGAUACAUAUUUGUCACUGUUUUUGACUCAGUUACAGCAUGAAGGUUACUCCAUAUUCCUAGUAGAGGGUAGAUUGCCUGAGUCAGAAGCAGACGAGACACUGCGAUUACAACCAGCUGUUCAGACGGUCAAACCAAAGCUCCUUCCAGAGUUGGCUGAGGAGGCAAAGAGCAAUCAGGAAGAAAAAGAUCUCAAAGUUGCUCUGGCCAAUAGUCUAGCUAAUGUUGCCGCUUCAUCCAGCCAGCGAACACCUGAUAGCGAUGAUUUAGCAGCAGCAAUUAACUUGUCAUUACAGUAUUCAGAUUCACCGGUUAAACAUAGGAACAGUGAAGAAAGUGACCUACAGAGAGCUCUUGCGUUAAGUUUGUCCAGCGAAGGACACGACUCUGGAGGUCCCAGCACGUCAAAAGAGGAGUUAAGUGAAGAUGACCAGCUCCAAGCUGCCCUUAGAAUGAGCCUUGAUCAGAAAACUCCAGAGGAAGAGGCACCUAGUCCUGACAAGGAGCCAGAUCUUCAAGAAAUACGAGAAAAACGCUUGGCUUUCCUGUCAAAGAAGGCCCCUUGACCUCUAGAUUUGAUAAGGUUAUAUGCUUUAAAGCAAGAUUGGAUAUAUAUAAUAUAUUGAUUUCAGUAACUGCCACAAAAGUGUCCUUUGAAAUAGCAUUAUUUGUACUUUCAUUUGAAUCUUCACAUCACAGAAAUUAAGGUAAAUUGUAUGUUUAGUUUUUUCAGUUUUCUUUCAGAGAUAUUUUUUUCUUGUAACAGAGAUAUUGUUAUACUAUGUCUUUUUGAAUAUAAGGGUUUAUAAGUGCCUUCUUUGAUGUUGCAUAAUACUAAAGCCAGUAACUUCAGGAAAACCAGACUGAUUAGAUAGUGAUAGAUAAAUACUGUCUUUUCCCAUAGAGGACAAACCUUUCUUAAGCAAAACCCUUCAGGUUUUUGCUUGUUUUUUGUACUAUCAGCAUCUGUAUUUUUUCUGCUUGAUUGCCUGCACAUAUCUUUUCAUGCCUGUAUGAAAUAUGUCCCAGUAAUAAUAGAAAAUAAUGUUAUGUUACAUAUUUACAUGUAGGUGUAGAAAUAAGCAAUGCAGAAUUGACAAGGCUAUAGUGGAUACCAACAACUCUAGAGCGAGGAUGAGCUACUUGAACAAAAGUGAAUCACUAUGAGCUAUAUGGACUUUACUUGUGGUGCAAGAAAUUUCCAUGAAACAUUUGUUUCAAAAACUUUGGUUGAGUUCCAUUGAAUAUACUAUGUCCUUUUUGUAUAGGUUUAUAAGAGAUAAACAUUCUGCCAGUUAUCAUCAUGCUGUAUUAGUUCAGAUACCAUGUGAGUGGUUGUAAUUUUUAGGCGCUGAUCUCUUCUAACUUACUCUAGUAUGUCGAUCAUAAAUGGUUUUAUGCCUCAUUUUCCUUCUGUGGAGUUAGACUUGAUCUGAGUUCUCUCCAUACUUCACUCUUGAAAACUUUCCUGUCUGGUAAACAUCCUUAUCUCUGCCAUUUCUUCCUCUGUAGCUUUCUUCAUUUCCCAGUGGUUUGAUAGACCCAAGCAUUUAUCUCAAAUUCUUCCAAUACAUUUUCCAUUGUCUUCACUCCAGGAUGUGUGUUUAGGUACUUUGGUUGUUUUACUGUAUCCAUUACAGUCAGCAUCUCUCAUGUUGUAAUUUUUUUUAUAAAUAAUUAUUGAUUCUUUGAUUGUUACUUUUAUGUAGUAAUACAAAUGCUGUAAUUUUGUUUUUCCACUAUUGUAUUACCCUUUCCAAGACUGUUACCUUUUAGUUUUGUGUACCUUUGUCUUCAGUUUUUUUGUAUCAUGUAAACAUAUGAUAAUUCCUUGGUUAUUUGUAAUAUACUGUUUCCAGCCUAAAGUGACAUACAUGUGUUACUUGUCUUUUCAGGUUUUUUUUUUUUUUUUUUUUUUUUUGGUGGGGGGGGGGUUCAAAGUACAUCUCCAGAAGUUAAUGGAAAAGCAUGUGAGAGGUAAGUUUUUUAUUGACUGAUGAUCUGUGUACAGUAGUAAGUACUGUAUUAGAGGAGGAACUUUGUAAUAAGUAUUAUAAGAGGAAGUAAUACUUUCGAAACUUGUUUCAAGUAUAUAUUAGUACAGGUACUUGAUAAGUCAAACUAUGUUGGGUUGUAGUUUGUCUAUCUUAUCCAAAUUAGUAACUAUAAUCUCUCUAGGAUACAUGAUGAGAAAGUUGUUCCUAAAUUUAGUCAUCAGUAGCCUAGGUGUUUGACGCCAGUUUUAGUACCAAAUAUUUGUAAUCAAUCAACCAAUCCUAAACUUAGUGGUUUUCCUAAAUUUAUUGAAGAUUCUGGUCUUCAGGAAAUAUACUCUAAUGCCAUUACUAGUUUCUUGGGUGUGACGGGUAAGCCAGCCCAACUCAAUGGCAGUUCCAAGUAUGGAUGCGUGAGGAAAUGGAGUCGGGAGUGGCAUCCUGUAAAAUAUUUGCCAAUACCAAUUAUGAAAUCUUCUGAUCUCCUGACAUAAGCAAGGAGCAAAUACAGUCCUGCUUUCUGCUGACAUUUUGCAAAUUCAUACUUAUACAUUUAUCACCUUUUCCUGUAGUUUUUUUCUCCGCAGGCUGAUUUCCCUUUGGACCCCUAUAUUGGGUUUUCAGCUGAAGAUUUAAAGAAAGGAAUCAAUUGUCCCUUAAGUCAUGGGGUACCUACCUGUUACUCAGCAUGAUGGUACUCCACAGGUAAUUCUGCCAGUUUUUGCAAAGCAUAUUUUUUUUUUUUUUUGCAGUUUUGGAAAAUAACACACACAAUAAGCAUUGGAUAACUUAGUUGAGAAACAGUAUGAUUACAGAUGCAAAGAAAAUCUCACUACCAUAUAGGAGUAUCAACUUACAUUUUGUUAUUAAUGAGACACUUGUAGUGUUGUUUCAAGAGGCUUAUAUAGUUGAAGAACUUUUUUUACAUUAUUGAGUAUCCUUAUGUUCUGAAGUUUACGUCUGUUUUCUGAAAGAGUAAAUUGUAAGAAGGUUACAGGUAGAAGUUUGUCACAAAAGUUUAAAAACAGAAUUUUGUAUUUACAUUUUUAUGUAACUGCUGUACUUUUGAGUUAUGUUUUUGCUUUCAUCUUCUGUGUUAUGGAUUUAACAUAAGUAAUUCAAUUAUCUGUAUUGGAUAAAUCUAAACAGUGGAGGUACAAGUACGCAAUCUCUUACCUGAAAAUAGGAAGUUGCAACCGAAAGUUAUUUCACUUAAUGUAUGCACAAUAAAUCUCUGUAUGUUUAUUGAA